AUGAGCAAGUAUAACGACAUUACCCAGCCUCCUCCUCCGCUGCCAAGCUCUAAAUUGGUGGAGUUAGGAGAAGGUUUAAAGCUCCUGUCGCCCCUCACUCGCAGAGGGUAUGGUCCUGGCAUUAUUCUCCUUACAAAAGAUUCGGACGAUCCACUUGCCAUCAGAGAGGGUGUGCCAUCACUCCUGAUCAAAUGGGCCGAGGAAGGAUAUGCAGUGGUGGGAAUCGAAGAACGAGCCCUUGCGACAGGUGCAUCAGCAUCACUUAAGGCUGCUACUGAAGCACUAUCAAAAUGCGAGAAAUGCGAGCCAAAGGGAAAAGUUGGCCUGGUUGCAUACGAUCCCAUUCUAUGGAAUAUAACGACAGAAUUCCUGGCAGAAGUGCCUGAGGUCGUGGUUGCAAUAACCUAUGGAGAUGCAUCAGACCAGAAAACCCUGGCACAGACCCAGAUCCCCGUUCUGCAACAACUCGCCGGUGGUGAACUUGCAACACGCCAAAGGACGACGGAUAUUCUCAGCACCUAUUUCUACCCAGAUGUGCAGUCAUAUCAGUUCGCGACACCGUUUUCCGAGUCGUUUCAUUACAACACAGAGGCUUUGUCGCAUACCCGAAAUCUGACGUUCUUGAAGCCUAUUAUGGGUGGACCAUAUUUUGACCUCGAAUAUAUCUGGGACGAGCACACUUACUACGAGUUUUCAGACCGCUCGGUUGAACAUACGAUGAGUACCAUGGUGCAAGAGCCAUACGUAAAUCAUGUACCAACAAUGACUGGUGGAGUAGGCCGCACAGCCUUAACUUCAUUUUACCGACAAAACUUCAUAUUUUUAAACUCUGCUGAUACUUCGAUGGAGUUACUAAGCAGAACAAUUGGAAUUGAUCGGAUAAUUGAUGAAUUUCUAUUCAAGUUCACUCACGACAAGGAAUUGGAUUGGUUCCUCCCUGGUAUUCCCCCUACAUUCCGAAAGGCAGAAAUUCCUUUCCACGCGGUUGUCAAUAUUCGAGGAGACCGACUAUACCAUGAGCACAUUAAUUGGGAUCAGGGUACGGCCUUGAGGCAACUUGGGCUGAUGCCAGAGUACUUACCAUACCCGGCACAACUCGUGAAGGGCAGCGAGGCGACACCUAACAAGCGAUACGAGUAUAAAGUCCCGGUGGGAGGGAUUGAAGUUGCUUCGAAGAUGAGGGACAGAAACUCCGUCUCCUCGAACGAAAUGUUCAAGUUCAAAGUGAAGGAAGUUGACGGUCCACACCUUUAA